AUGCCUUUCAAACACCAUCUUCGCCAAUUAGCUUUGGCCAUAGGGCUCCUGAAUCCAGCCUUGGGUCAGACCGUUGUUGGAUCAGACUACAACAAACCUUCUGCAGGUCCACCGGGAAGUUACUUUGCAGCGGCCACCACUAUGCCAGUGGCUGCUGUAGCCUCUAUUGUUGCAAAAGCCAGUGUCGUUCCCCAGAGCGCAACAUACCGAAUCUAUGAUGAUGGAGACUCCCCUACAGCUACUAUUCAUGCUGACUUUGCUUCUCUCAGCACUGGAGCUGCUUAUGUUUUUGUCGCUGACAUGGAUGUUGACUGUGACGGAAUCGACUCGAACUGCAAGGGAAAUGAUGAUGGCCAACUUCAGACCAACUUUGGCGCUUUGGCAGCAUAUGAAGUACCUUGGAUUGUGAUCCCUAGCAAUUUCUAUGAGAAAUAUAAAUCUGCCCUCCCAGGAAAUAAUGUUGUGGCUGUUAUCUGCGAUGGAAAAAUGUAUUACGGUAUCUUCGGUGAUUCUAAUGGGGAUACCCCGGAAGUUAUUGGCGAAGCUUCCUGGCUGAUGGCUAAUACCUGUUUUCCUGACGAGGAUCUGAACGGAGGCGUAGGCCAUACCCCUGCCGAUGUCACCUAUAUCGUCUUCACUGGAAGUGAUUCUGUUUUGCCCAGCAGUGCUUUGGGCAAUAACUACAUCACCAACUUCUCUAAAUUGAGGAGCAUGGGUGAUAGCCUGGUUAAUGCUUUUGUGUCGGAAUUGGGGAUUUCGGCCACAACCACCACCUUGAAAACGACCACCACUUCGAAAACGACAACCACCAAGACAACUACUGCAACAAUUACCACUACAUCGCCUACCUCCGUUGCUUCAUGCGAUUGGGCAGGACAUUGUGCUGACGCCAUCUGCUCAACUGAUAACGAUUGCUCUGAUCCUUGGGCUUGCAUUGAUGGAGAGUGUGCUGUGGAUUCAAGCAUAACAUGCGACUGGGAGGGACACUGUGCCGGUAAUUCACCUGAUUAA